ACGGGGACGCUAUCUCUGCUUUGGUUUCAAAGGAGGGGUUUGGGGUUCCCGGAGUGAUUUCCUCCUCUCGCCCGGAAACCGAGGCGCGCUCGCGGAUCCCUUAGGGUGAGCGUCGCGAUGUGCCUGGGACCGACCCAGUCAUGGCGCCGGGUCCCGCCCGACGUUGGCCUCUGGCUCUCGUCGCCCGGGAACGGGGCUGUCAGCUGAAGAUUCCAGGCGGACCCAGGAAUGGGGUGGGGGGCUCGCGUCCCGGCUGCCGGGCUUGCUGGGCCGUUGCCCGGUCACCUGAGGUGUCCAGCGUAGAAAAGCGAAGACUCGAUUCUAUCCAGACCCCUCCCGAAAGCGCCACGCUGCCUCCUACACUUCUCCCUAGCCGCUUUGCGCAUGGCGGCGAGACGCUCAGUGACGCGCCUCAGUUGGGAAAUUGGACUGGCAAACGAACAGUUCUUGAAGACUUGAACGUCUUGGCAGCGUUUGGUGUUAUUUUAGGGGACGUGCUCUCAGGGAAAAAAAAAAAUUCACGGCUCAUUUCUGAGUGGGAAGGAGCGUUGCUUAGGUUUCGCUGGAGCACCCGUGGGAAACGUACUGGAAUUCAGAUUUUAACGGACAUGAAUUACUGGCCCUUUUAAUCUAUUCAGUAGAAAGUGAAUUUGAAAGCUCCCUUUCCGCAUCUUCAAGGAAACCCAAGCUUGUUAAUUCCAUUAACUAUAUUAGAGGUUGAAGAGCUGAG